AUGAGUCGCAAAGCUAUUCUGUACUGCAUUUAUUGUGUGGCCACAGCGGUUGCAACAGACAUCACUGUGUACACUACCGGUGGUCGGAUUCGUGGCGCCGUUGAACGGACACGGGGCAUACCCGUCGCCCGCUUCCUCGGCAUUCCGUACGCAAAACCUCCGUUAGGUUCACUUCGGUAUCGAUCGCCGGAACCAGCUUCGUCAUGGCAAGGAGUUCUAGAAACUAAAGAGUUUCGUGCUGCAUGUGCUCAAGCCAACGGAUCCUUUCCGCCUGACACUCCCUGGCUUGUAGACAAGAGAAUCGUGAGUGAAGAUUGCUUGUUUCUCAACAUCUGGGCCCCACAGACGCGCACCAAGAGGAAAUCAAUUGUGAUAUUUAUCCACGGCGGUGGCUUCCGUACUGGUACGCCAUCGACGGAGCUGUACGACGGAAAGCUGUUGGCAGCUGUCGGAGACAUUAUAGUACUAAGCGUGGCGUAUCGUCUUGGCAGUUUGGGCUUUCUCUACACUGGAGAGGACAGUUCGCCCGGAAAUUACGGUCUGUUGGAUCAGGAGCUAGCAAUUCGCUGGAUAUGGGACAAUGCAGAAGUUUUUGGAGGCGACAGGGCUUCAAUAACUCUCUAUGGCGAAAGCACAGGCGCAAGCAGCACAUGUCUUCAUCUCCUGGCGACUCGAAAUGCAGGAAUCGUGCGUCGUGCCAUACUGGCGAGCUCGAGCCCUUACGAACUACAACCGCAGAACGUAAUUGGUCGUGAGUUGGCGACAAGGCUGGCGGAAGCCGUCGGAUGCGAGGUGAAUGGGGACGAGUGGAUCAAGGUCGUGUCUUGCCUACGGUCAGUUCCAAUUGAAGCCAUACUACAAGCAGAAGACACACAAUAUCACCACAUGCUCCUUACUUUCACGCCGUCGUUCGGCCACGGCUACGUACCGCGGUCAUUUCAGGAAACACUCCGAGACCCGCAUCUCGUCCCUAUUGAUGCCUUAUUGGUCGGCGUAAAUGCACAGGAAGGAAGCAUAUUCCUCUACACCGAAGACCGGGAACGUUUCAACAUGAACAGUGACCCUGAAGGACUGACCUAUUCAGAGGCGCUAGCGUUUAUGACUCGUCACUUCUAUCCUGGCUUGCCAGAAGCUUUGCAAAAUGCCACUACCAGCGAUUUUGAGGCGACCUUCUAA